AUGGCAACCCGCGUAGAAUAUGAGGAGCCUGGCAUUUCGUCCGCCGAGGACUAUGAAUCCACUGAGUACACCGUCCCAGUACAUUCUCAACGAUCCUAUUUGCCCGAAAGACGGGCCUAUCGAGACUAUCAUUCACGUAGAAAAGAGAUUAAUCUCGCGGAGCUCCGUGGAUGCCAGGAAGAAGAACCGGAUGACCUCUCCAGCGGGUCAGGCAUCAUUUGGCACGCUAAUUUCUUUCACCGACAAAGUAGACGCAGGGAGGCUGUCCAAGAUCUGGAAAACCCGGAUUUCAUAUUCGUUGAUACUCGACCAAUUGAGCUUUCCGUUGACGAGGCUCCAACUCAGCCGCAGGGGAAAGCGAAGGAGCGCAUCCAGCAAGCGUCAGCGUCAUGGAACGGUCCAGUGAUAACCAUUGAAGUCUUUGUGGAGACUGAUCUCAUGCCACGCAAUGUUUCAGAACUCUUGAGAAAUCCGCGGACUGAUCAGUUGGCUCUGAAACGUGUGUCCAGGCGACGCCUGGUGGUGAACUCCAAGUAUUUGGCCAGUUGCCUUCGGGAAAUAAUUGGGUAUUAUCCAUCAUUUCAUUCCAUGAUGGGUAAGCUGGAUAUUUCAGAGCCUUAUGCCGUUCUACACCAUUACUUUGACUCCAUUGAAGCCAUGGCAGGCUCUCCCGUCUCGGCUACAAUGUGCAAGAGCCCCCACGACAACAAAGAAAUCGAGAUUGACCUGCAAAAGAAACACAUUCAAAUUUUGCUAGACUUUCUGAGACCCAUCCGUGAAGAGCGCAUAUUGAGAUGCGAAGAGACUUUGUCCGAACCUACUGCCCGAGUGGCUUUUGACAUGAUUUGGUAUCUUCUGAAACCUGGCAUGGAUGUCUAUUUUCUCAUCGACGGAUCGCCACAAGCCGGAGUGAUCAUAGAUGUGAAGUGUGGUGGUGGUGAUUCGUCUAGUAUCUGGGGCCCGGAAGAUUCAUAUUGGUGGUUUAUCAACCUGUGGCGACUGGAGACCGAUGGCUCUAGAGUCAGGCGUGGUGCGAUCUCGGUAAUAAUCACCUUUUAUGCUGGUCUACGAGAGGUGAAAAGUCUUUCAGUUUGUCCAUGCGUUACCUGGGACGCCCACGAUAAUGGUGAACGGCGCAAGAAUAUCUUAUGCCGCAGUGUCACCUUGUUCAAGGCGCUGCGCCAGGGCAAUCUCCUUGUGGACUAUAACGGGCCAAUUUUAGGAAGCAACCAAUAUUAUACUGGUAAACUGGUGAUCGACCAUCGGAGAGGGCAGGAAGAGCCUGACCUCGCCCUGCCUGCUCCCUCACGGAUCCGUGACUAUUCUGAUCUAUUCAAGGACUACGAUAAUAUUACAGUCAAUGAUGAUCGAUCUUUUAACACUAGGCAAGAGGCUCAACAGCAGUUUUUCCGCAACAUUGACGACUCUAGACCUAUUUCUCCUGGGCGUCACAGCAAUGUGGCCGUCAACGGUUGGGAUGACAAUGGGCGAAGAUGGUCCCCUGGUCCUGCACUUGAAAUCAACGACAUGGAUGGUGGUGAGUUCAUCGAUUCUGUUGUUGAUGAACUCACGGAACACCAACUUCUAUUGUUAUGCCCAGAAGCCCUGGCAUACGCACUGAAACAUAAACAAUGGAUUCUGAUCUCAUUAGAUCACGUUCAAGAAUCUGUACCGUCAUCUGAGAGUCUUUCCAACCUGGUCAUCGGAGAGGCCGAGUUGAAAACUAUCAAGGCCCUUUCAAACCGUCAAAAUAGCAAGACAAAACAUUGUGUCGUGGCAGGACCUCCCGGAGUUGGCAAAACCUAUACAGUCGAGGCUAUUUCUGAGUGGCUACACCGACCGCUACUUGCACUGACAGUCGCUGAUAUCGGCACGGUCGAAACGCUAGUCGAAGGCGAACUCUUGAAGUGGUUUAACCUUGCAGAAGCCUGGAAUGCCGUGCUCCUGGUCGAUGAAGCCGAUAUCUUCCUCGAACGACGACAAAAUCGAGAUCUCGCGCGGAACGGAUUGGUAUCAGCCUCCCUCCGGCGAAUGGAAUACUUCAAAGGCCUCCUAUUUCUAACCACCAAUCGCGUCGGCCAAAUAGACGACGCUUUCAUAUCGCGAGUCCACAUCGCAAUUGGAUACCCGUCCCUAAGUGAAGACGCACGUCGCAAGGUCUGGAACGGCUUUUUCAGGAAACUCGUCCGUGACCGUGCGGGCAAGAUUCAGAUCGCCCCGGACGCAAAGGCGUGGGUUUUGGAAACCGCAGGCGACACGCAACUUAACGGGCGGGAUAUCCGCAAUGCUUUACAAACAGCGAUCACACUGGCGGAGUUUGAGAGUGAAGAAGAUCCUGACUAUGAUGAAACUUUGGUCACGAUUGUCACUAAAGCGCAUUUCCAGAAUGUACUGGAUAUGUGUAAUCGGUUCCGUACCUACGUGACGAGUAUUCGGCGAGAAGAUGAGAAGAAGAGGGCCCAAGGGCGCGGUGAUCGGAAUGACUUUGGGCGUGGAGCUGCUAAUGAGAUGGAAUCGCUCGUAACCCUUUCCAACCCGUUGGGUAGAUAG